AUGCAGGUCCGGCACAGAAACACAGUAGAUCGCCUCGACAGGCCGAGCGCAUACUACCACAACCGGAACAAGCGCAGGAGAAACGACCCCCGCGACGCCGCCCGCGAAGCCCGCGACGCAGAAGACGAAGCUGCCACCAAGAACGAGCCACUCCCCGAGGACCCCCUCGCCGCCGCGACGACCCUCUACGUCGGCAACCUCUCCUUCUACACCACCGAGGAGCAGGUCUACGAGCUCUUUUCAAAGUGCGGCGAGAUCAAGCGCCUCGUCAUGGGCCUCGACCGCUUCAACAAGACCCCCUGCGGCUUCUGCUUCGUCGAGUACUACACCCACCAGGACGCCCUGGAUUGCAUGAAGUAUAUCGGCGGCACCAAGCUCGACGAGCGCGUCAUCCGCACCGAUCUCGAUCCGGGCUUUGAGGAAGGAAGACAGUACGGUCGCGGCAAGAGCGGUGGACAGGUGCGGGAUGAGUACCGUGAGGACUUUGACGAAGGGCGCGGUGGGCAUGGUAGGGCGAUUCAGAUGCAGAGGGAUCGGGAUGAUCGCAUGGGCGAGUAUGAGGAGUCGCGAUGA